AUGCAUAUGGACGGAUCUACUAAUUUCAAUCGAUCGUGGCAAGAAUACAAGGAUGGCUUUGGGGACCUUACCAAGGACUUCUGGCUUGGAAACGACAAAAUAGCCUAUAUUGCAAAUGGGCGUAGUCAGUUACUCGUGUUUAGAACUACAGACAAUAGUUCCACUGCUAAAAGACAGAGAAUAUACAAGUCUUUCAACCUAUCCCAAGAUGGCCUCUACACAAUGACAUAUGAACGGUCUUGGGCAAGCAAUAUUCCUGAAUUCGCUGGUGGUGAUUGUUUAGCCGAAUUGAAGGGGCAACCCUUCUCUACCUUCGAUCGUGACAACGAUGACAGCCCCCUGAACUGCGCUCAAGAACACCAGUCUGGAUUCUGGUUCAAGAGCUGCACCCCCUGUAAUCCCAAUGGUGUGUGGUCAGAGACUCCGGACAAGAUGAGAGCUGGAGUACCUUGGGAGAUGUUCUGGACACCUGUAACAGGAGACUACCUGAUACUGUCGUGCUAUGCCUUUUUGAGGGCCGAAUAA